AUGAUGACUGCUGCUCUAUAUUAUAUUCCUAGCGAGUCCUUUCAACCUUCUAAAAGUUUAAAACCACGAUGUUUUAAAAAUUUAAAUGUUAGUAAACUUCCAAUAAAUUGGCGAGCAAAUAAAACAGCAUGGAUGAAUGUGAAGUUGUUUAGCGAAUGGCUAUCGGAUUUAAACGUAUCAAUGAAAAAGCAAAAAAGCAAAAUAAUAUUAUUUCUUGAUAAUGCACCAUGUCAUCCGGUUGAUAUCGAAUUAUCAAAUAUAAAAUUACAAUAUUUUCCACCAAAUACCACACCAAAACUUCAACCAUUAGAUCAAGGUAUUAUACACGCAUUUAAAACACAUUAUCGUAAACAUUUAGUUAAACAUAUAAUAGCACGUUGUACAACAGCUCAAACACCAGAUGAUAUUAAAAUUACACAUUUAGAUGCUAUUUACUGGAUUGAUGCAGCAUGGGAAGCUGUUACGCAUACAACAAUACGAAAUACAUUUCGUGUAGCUGCUUUUAAAGAUAAACAACAUGAUGAUAUAACAACAGCAACAUCUAAUGAUACAGAAACAUCAUCAACACAUAGCACAAAAUCAAUGGAUGAUGAACCAUAA